CCCCGCCCCCCUCACCGCAACCAUUCGAGUCUCGAGAGACGAAGACCGUUACGCCCCGGCCUCCCCCCGCCUUCGGAGCGAGGAGACAGCGAACCACCUGUUCAUCUCUCCCUCCGCCCAACGAAUCGAAGGAAUCCAAUCGCGAGCUCUCCCCGAUCCCAUCCGAUGGAUCGCUUGUCGCGGCCGGCGAGCCCGGGCGGCGGCGGGCUGGGGUACGCGUCGCGGCGGGGCCUCUACGCGCAGGCGGCGUAUCAGCAGCAGCAGCAUCACGCCGGCAGCGCGCAGACGUCGCCGGGCGGAUCCCCAACGGCGACGUCCCCGGUCCACCGCCACGGGCGGUCCGGGUCGCUCGGCGGUGCCGCGUCCACCGCCGGUCGCCGCGGGGUCGUCGGCGGAUCCCGCGCGCACAACACCGCCGCGCGCGCCGCCGCGCAGCGCCUCGCGCGGGUCAUGGCGUCCUCCUCCGAUGUUGGCGGCGUCGGCGGGGGCGCGGGCGGGGACGGCGGGAGCGGGAGCGACGACGACGAAUACGAGCUCUCGGGUCCCCCCAUCGAGCUCUCCUCCACCCCGCGCCGCGCGUCCACUCGCUCUCCUUCCCCAUCGAUAGGCCGUUACCUUGCGGAUCAAGCACCGGUGAGCCGGCCGCCGUCCCUGACGAACCGCUACAUGUCCGGGAAGUCGGUCCCAAUGAUACCGUCGAUAAAGCGGCCAGCGACGAGCGGGACGGGGUCGGAGUCCCCCGGGCUGAACCGAAGGGAGCAGAGGAGGUCAGUUGAUCUUGGAAGCUCAUUGAGAGUCCGACGCACAUCUUCUUCUCUUCAUGAUGAGAUUAACACGCUUCAAAUGGAAAAUGAGAACAUGUAUGACAAACUUCACCUUGCAGAGGAAAGGUCUGAGGACGGAGAUGCCAAAUCCAUGCACAUGGAGAGACAGGCUUCUGUUAUUGGUGAUGCUGUAGAAACAGAGUCGAAUUUGAUUAACAGAAAGGAUGCAGCACUAGAACAAAGAAAGAUUCCUCUGCGAAUUGUUUCAAGGUCUAGCAGUGCAAGCUAUGAUGAGAUUGCAGCCCUUCGGUCAGAAGCAAAGGUUGCUAGUGAUGUGGUCACAUCUGUAUCUCGGAGAGUAAAAAGUGCUGGAUCAGAACUGAGAACUCUUCAAGCAACAGCCAACAGAAUGAUCCUUUCACAAGAAGAAAUGGAGGAGGUGGUGCUAAAGAGAUGUUGGCUGGCCCGCUACUGGACGUUAUGUUUUAAACUUGGGAUACAUUCUGAUAUUGCUGAAGAAAAACAAGAAUAUUGGUCCUCAUUUGCUCCACUUGCGCUUGAAGCUGUCCUAUCAAUUGGGCAAAAAGCAAGAGGUGGAACUUUAUCAGAUAAUGCUGACAUGGAGACCAAAAGCAAAAUGUCUGAUGUAAAUGACAUGGCUGGUGAUGGAAAUAUUGAGAGCAUGCUUUCAGUAGAGAAAGGACUGCGUGAAUUAGCUUCGCUCAAGAGGAUGCAAUCAUGCUUGCUUUGGCAGAACAGCGACACAUCAGACCUCUCUCAGGUGGCUUCUCCAAAAUGUCCAGCUUUUGCUGCUGAGGGUCAGAGCCCGUCCGAGUCAUUAGAAUUAAGUGAGGAAGAGCGAGAAGAUGUACGCUUCAAGCAGGCAUGGUUAACCUACUUUUGGAGGCGGGCCAAAAAUCAUGACAUUGAAGAAGAUAUAGCUGACGAGCGGCUACAGUUUUGGAUAGAACAAAGCUAUCAUCCAAUCAGUACAAGCGAUGUCAUAGAAGUGGAGAGAGGACUCUAUGAGCUGAAGAAGCUGGGAAUCGAGUCUCAGCUGUGGGACGCGACGAGGAGAGCUCUGGAUGAGGAUUUCAGUAAUCACGGGAGUCCAACUGGCUCUGAAGUUUAGCAAUGGCAUAAGAAUGUAAGAUGAAGCGAGGUCUAGUGCCGAUUUUGUGCCACCAGAGGCUCUAGAUCCCACUUAAUUUCCCUUUGCUUUUUAUGGUCCAUCCAUAUCCGUCUUCAUGUAAAAAUUUUGAUCGAAAUAUGGAUUACUCCUCUCUCCUAAGACCUUUAUUUCAAUUGUAUGUUAGUUUAUCUCAAAGCAAAAGUGAUUAAUCAUGGAAUCAGUCUUUUGUGCUGCU